AUGAAGUUCCCAGCCGAUUACCAUUAUACGUCGCCGUUUCGUUCAUGUAAAUAUUCAAAUAUACUACACUUUAUAUCUUUGCUUCUUAUAUUUUCGCGCGUAGGUUUGCCUAAUUACAUUUUUAUAUUCCUCAUCAAUAAAGCCGCCAACAAAGAGCACAGGGUAGAAACUCUGCUGUCUGGGAACUCGGCUAACGCUUGUAAGCUAUUUAAUAUUCUCAAAUCAUUUCAACACCUCUUUUUUUUUUUUCAAAUAUGUACUAUUUUCUCUAUUUCCAUUAAGUUAGUCUUACUGAAGAGUCAAGAAUAUGGAAGAAUUCCUGCGGAAUUUUCAAUUAUUAGAAGUGAAAAAAAAAAAAAAGAAGAACAAUGA